AUGGACGUCUUCUACUCCUACACCUAUGGCACCGCAGCAUGGCUUGCUCUCCAAGCCGUUCCUCUGAUCGUCUCGCCUACGGUUAUAGUGACGCUGCUGUCGCCCGCGGUCCGCGAGGCAACCACUCUUGAAGUCUACUUCAGCCGCAGCCUUGGGUUCACCUUGCUUGCCCUCGGCGUGCUCAAUCUUCUCCUGACUGGAUCCAUUCCGCUCACCUCCAGGCUCACCGACACAAGCGGUGGUGUAACGACCGACCCAGAUGAUCCGAAGGCACCGUAUGCUAUGCCAAGCCUCAGCGUGACUCUCGCCUAUCAUGCAGCGGUCGCCUUCUACUGCUAUGCUAUGUGGACCCAAACGGGCGUUACUUCCUUCGCGUUUGGCACCGUCUUCAGCGGCGUGCUUUCAGCGAUCGGUCUCUGGUGCGUACUGUUCGCCAGCAGUGAUGGGCGCAUUAGCAGAAAGACAGGUGCGGACAAGAGGACGAGCGGCUUCCCCUUCAAGAACUCCGAGGCACACUCAGACAAGAAGAAGGCCAUGAAGAAGGGGUUGUGA